AUGCCCGACGCGCCCCCCGUCCGCCUCGACGAGCGCGACCGCCUCAUCUACGGCUUCUGCGACCCGGCCUCGUUCCACGCUGCGAGGGACGCAGACUACCCUGCGCUCAAAGACCAAGUCUACCUCGACUGCGCCGCCGCACCACCCGCUCCCCUCGGGCCCGUCACGGCCCUCGCCCACUCGCUCGCGUCGACCCUGUACUCGAACCCGCACUCGGCGUCGACCGCCGCCGUCGCGACCCACCUCGUCAUCGACCAGACCCGCACCUGCGUCCUCGCCGAGCUGUUCAACGUCCCCGACGACCGUGCCGGCGAGUGGGACGUCGUCUUUGUGCCGGGAGGCGCGACGCAGGCCAUCCGGACGCUCGGUGACGCGUGGGACUGGAGGGCAGAGGCGGACCUCGGAGCAGGGGGCGGGUACGAGUACCUCGUCGAGAGUCAUACGAGUCUCGUCGGCCUGCGCGGCACUGCCCUCUCGCGCAAUUCGCCCGUCGCCGCGCACCGCACACCCUCGUCCCUCCUCCGCUCGGCCCUCUCGUCGCGCUCCGCCGCGCGUCCCUCGUCGUCCACCCGCGCACCGACGCCCACCCUGUACUCGUACCCGGCCCAGUGCAACGCGACCGGCGCGCGCCUCGGCCUGCGCUUCGCCGCCCAGAUCAAGCGCGCCAACCCGCACGCGGCCGUCCUCGUCGAUGCGGCGGCGUACAGCUCGACGAGCGUCCUCGACCUCGGGUCGGUGAGCGCCAACGAGGCGCCCGACUUUGUCGUCGCGAGCGUGUACAAGAUCUUUGGCUUCCCCACCUCUCUCGGCAUCCUCCUCGUCCGCCGCGCCUCGUCGCACCUCCUCCUGCGCUCGCCCACCCCCUCCUUCUUCGGCGGCGGCACCCUCUCGUCCCUCUCGCUCUCUCCCCCCUUCACCCACUCGCCGCGCCUCGACCCGAGCGGCACGGUCCACCAGGCGCUCGAGCACGGCACGCCCCCUUACCUCGAGGUCCUCGCGCUGUCGCACGCGCUCGACUGGCUCGCGCGCAUCUCGCGCGGGACCGGGCUCGAGGGCGUCGCGCGGCAUGCGGCGGCGCUCAGGGAGGUGGCGCGGCGCGAGCUGAGGGGCUUGCGGCAUGCCGAUGGUAGCGAGGUGUUUGUCGAGCAUGGCGCGUUUGAGCCGCUCGCCGAGGAGGAGGAGGACGAGGAGCCGCUGCUCGGAGCCGAGUGGGCCGUCGUGCUCGAGCCGCCAGGACCGAUCAUCGGGUUCUCGCUCCGCCUUCCCUCCGCCUCUUUCUCCUCCUCCUCGUCGUCCUCCUCCACCUCCCCGACCAGCUCGCGCCCCGUCUCGCCGACCGACUAUCGCCAGACGCACGUCGGGCACCAGCACCUCGCGCGGCUCGCGCUCGUGCAGGGCAUCUCGCUCCGCAGCGGCGGCAUGUGCAAUGCCGGCGCGUGGACCCGUGCGGUCGGGAUGGGCGAGGUCGAGCGGCGCAGGCUCGAGGAGCUCGGGGCUGGGCGGUGCUGGGACGAGGAGGAGUUCGCGCCGUUCGCGCCGUACCGCCCGCUCGGCAUCUCGCGCAUCUCGUUCGGCCUCGUGUCGACCGUCGACGACGUCGCCGCGUUCGUCGCCUUCGUCAAGCGCUUCUUCGUGAGCGCGCAUGGCGUGCUUGCUUCCGGGCCUCGGGUGCCUCGCGGCGUGUCGGCGGGGCAGCAGCAGAACGAGAACGGCGUCAAGAUGGCGAGGUUGGCCGAGCUGUACAUCUACCCGAUCAAGUCGUGCGCCGCCCAGCCGAUCCUGUCCUCGACCUCGUGGCCCCUCGCGCCGUCCGGCCUCCUGCACGACCGCGACUUUAUGCUCGUCUCGUCGUCGACCGGUCGCGCCCUGUCGAUGAAGCGGUACACGCGCAUGGCGCUCAUCCGCCCGUCGAUCGACCGCGCCCGGGGCGUCCUGCGCGUCGAGGCACCGGGCAUGAACCCGCUCGAGGUCCCGCUCGCGAGGUCCAAGGCGAGUGAGCUCGGCGCGUGCGGGCUCCCGACGCCGCCGCUGAGCGAGGACGGGCACGGCUCCGAGUGCGGGAGCGAGUCGGGCGCCGGCGCGACGCCGCAGCCGACGACACUGUGCAGCACGACCGUCCUGUCGCAGCGCUUCUCGGCGCUCGCCGACGCGUGGUUCACCUCGUUCCUCAACCCGCCCUCUCCCUCCACCUCCUCCUCCUCUUCCUCCUCGGCACCGUCGUCGGCCGGCCCAGGUCCCGUCGAGCUGCACCGCCUGCCGCCGGGCACGUCCCGUCACGCGCACUUUGACGGCGCGAGCGCCGGCCCGCCGCUCCCGCUCCGGCUCUCGAACGAGAGCCCGUUCCUCCUCGUGUCGGGCGAGAGCCUGCGCGCCGUCGAGCGCUCGAUUCGCGAGCGAGCGAGCGAGGGGGCAGGUCGCGCAGGCGCGGACGUCGUGCGCGCGGCGGCGUUCCGGCCCAACUUGGUCGUCGAGGGCGCCGACGGCGAGGCGCUCGAGCCGUGGUGGGAGGACGACAUCGAGGCGCUCAACGUCGGCGCCGGCAGCGCCGUGUUCAGCUUCCUCGGCCGGUGUCGGCGCUGCUUGAUGGUCUCGAUCGACCAGACGACGGGAGCCCGCACCGCCGAGCCCCUCGCGACUCUCUCGCUCACGCGCAAGAACGCGACGAACGGGCGCGUCGAGUUUGGCGCCCACAUGCUCUGGCGCGACGAGCUCGGCGAGGGAGGGGGCGACGAGGGCGGGACGUGCGUGCGGGUUGGCGACGAGGUGCGGGUGCGGCUCAGGUCGUGAGGCGCGUUUGUAGCUGGUCCUCGUUGUUGUGCACUUUGCGAUGGACGCGGUCCGAG